GGGCAGAGGAGCGCAGCGCUGCCCGCAGAAGGGACCAACAGAACCGGAUCCGCCCGGAGAGCUCCGCCGAACGGAACCGGGCGCAGGUCCGGAAAACCUUCCUGCAACCAUGGCGCUGGUGAAGAGCGGUUGGCUUUGGCGACAGAGCUCCAUCCUGCGCCGUUGGAAGAGGAACUGGUUUGUCCUCUACCUGGAUGGCAGCUUGGUUUACUAUCACGACGAGACGCAGCGCGACAUGGACGGGAGGAUCCACAUCAAAUUCAGCUGCAGGGAUGUCAGGACUGGGCGUGAGUGCAGAGAUGUGCAGCCUCCCGAGGGCAGGAGCCGUGACUGCCUGCUGACCAUCGUGCUGCGGGACGGCUCCAAGACAACGCUGUGUGCAGAGAGCGAGGAUGAUGCUGUUGCUUGGAAGAUGGCUGUGCUGGAGGCCAAAGCCACCCCGGUGCACGUCUACGACCCCUAUGAUGAUGACUACUACCAGACCGUGCCCCUCGACUCCCACCAGACUGCCUACAUCAGCUCUGGCCACUAUGGCCACCAGUAUGGAGCUCCUGGGGUGACCCACAUCAUCGUGCGUGAGGAUCCCUACAGGGUCUCUGGGGACCAGAUGGCCCUGGGGCUGCUGGCAGGGGCGGCCACGGGAGCUGCCCUGGGCUCCUUCAUGUGGAUGCCCUGCUGGUUUUAACACCCCCCUGCUCACCCCUGUGCCCCCUCUCCCCCCAGAAAAAACCACCCCAACCCUUUGCUCCUCCCCAGCCUGGUUUAACUCACCCCUGGCUUGGUACUCACCACUCAGCCUCCCCCCAAAAAAACUUCCCUGCUCGGCACAUCCUCCACCCUGGGGAUGGAGAUCCAACCCCAACCCCAUCCCAGAGCCUCCUCCCAGCCUGGAAUUUUGCAUUAAAUAACCUAUAAGUGCUUCAGAAACACCUCCCCCCCCAAAAAAAAAAACAAACCUAAAACAACCCCAAAACCCAAUUCCCAUCCACCAAGGGCCUGGGGCUGUCAGCAGAGGGGAGGGUCCAGGAUCCCAACCCCAAACAAACCUCUGUGGGGAGCUGGCUGCAGAAAUACCUGGAUUUUUGGAACAAGAGGGAGAGAGGGAAUCACUGCUCCAAACAGGUUUUUUUUUUGGGCAGCUGGAUGAUUUCUGUCACAGCCCAAGCUUUGAAGCUGCUUUGUAAAGGGUUUUUCUUUUGUUUUAGGGGGCUGGGGGGAGGCUCCAGCACCAGAGUAGGAGUGACACAAGAGGUAAACUCAGGGAUAAUCAGGAGACAAGGUGAAGAUUAAGGGGGAUGAAAACCUUUGGGAGGAUGUCCAAGCCCUUCCACUGCCUUGCACCAGUGCCCUGAGUGUUGCCAAGCUGGAGAAAGGGGUGUAAACCCUGGAGAAUUGGGGCUAAACCCCUGAGAAUUGGGGCCAGACCCCUGGAAAUGGGGAUGGGAAGAACCCUGGGAAUAUCUCAGCUUUCCCAGCCCAGCAGGAGGGACAGGAGGCAUCUGGAGUUUCACCCUGAGUGUUGGGAAGGGGGAGAAAUCACCUGGGGACAAGGACAGCUCACCCUGGGGACCUGGGAACCCUUUCCAGAUCUUUGGAAGCAGGGAUUUGGGAUUGAGGAGGGGGUGAUGAUGCCUUGAGGUGGCCCUGAGGACAGGGGCCAAGGGGGUGAGUGACAUUUUUUGUGUUGGGCAGCACCAAGCAGAGCUGGGAGAGAAAGGGGACAGGGAGGGGCAGCUGCCAAGUGUUACCUUUAGGGGCACCACUUCACCCAGAGCCACCAGUGAGAUAAAAAAAAAAAA